UAUUUAUCUCUUUUCUCAACGACGCUAGGUUUCUCCUAUAAAUGAGAGAUCUUUCACUCUAAUUUGCAGCUACCCAGGCGAACUUUUCCUUCCCAAUGUGAAUCUUCCUUUGAUAUUGUUAAGAAAUAUCAUCAAUGGAGUUCAUAGGAUUCUCAUUGCUUCAUAAGCUUCAGACUUCUCCUUGCUUCUUCUUCUUCUUCUUCUUCUUCCUCUUCCUUUUGUUGUUCACCAUCUCUAUAUUUCUGAUCUUCUGUGUAUUUCUCUGGUUUGCGAGACGCAAACUUUUGUGCCAAUGCCACAUUUGCGAUAGUUACCGUACGUCUAGUUGGGCAGAUGAGUUCCACAACCUUUGUGAUUGGUACACUCACCUCCUCAAGGAAUCUCCAUCCCAAACCAUCCACAUCCAUGUUCUUGGCAAUGUUGUUACCGCGAAUCCGAAGGUGGUCGAGUACAUGCUCAAGACGAGAUUCGACAAUUACCCGAAAGGGAAGCCUUUCUCCAUGAUCCUUGGCGAUCUUCUCGGCAAGGGCAUUUUCAAUGUCGACGGAGAUUGGUGGGUAUUCCAGAGGAAGAUGGCGAGCCUCGAGCUGGGGAGCAUCUCUAUCCGGUCCUACGCAUACGAAACCGUCACCAAAGAGAUAGAGAACCGGCUCCUCCCGCUUUUGUCAGCAGCAGCUGAGGACGGGAAGAGGAUCUUGGAUCUACAGGACGUUUUCCAAAGGUUCUCUUUCGACAUCAUUUGUAAUUUCUCUUUCGGGGUAGACCCGGGGUGCCUCGAGUCUUCCAUGCCCAUUUCUAGCUUUGCUGAGUCGUUCAACCUCGCAACAAAGUUAUCGGCGGAGCGAGCCCUUGCGAUCACUCCAUUAGUGUGGAAGAUGAAGAGGCUGCUCAAUGUCGGCUCGGAGAAGAAACUCAAUGAUGCUGUCAAAGUAGUCAAAGUCCUUGCGAAGGAUGUCAUAUCACAAAAGAGGAAGUUAGGGUUUUCCAACCACCAAGAUCUUCUUUCGAGAUUCAUGGCUUGCGUAGAUGACGACAAGCAUCUAGUAGACAUUGUCAUUAGCUUUAUCCUAGCCGGUCAGGACACGAUGGUGUCGGCAUUGUCCGCCUUCUUCUGGCUGCUCGGGACACAUCCCGACACCGUGUCAAGGAUUCGGAGCGAGGCCAAGGAAGUCAUCAACGGGGAUCAAGGAUUUGCGAGUUUUGAACAAAUAAGGGCGCUGCAUUAUUUGCAUGCGGUGGUAUAUGAAAGCUUGAGAUUAUUCCCACCCAUUCAAUUCGACUCAAAAUUUGCCCUAAAGGAUGAUGAACUUCCAGAUGGAACGUUUGUUAAGGAAGGCACAAGAGUUACUUACCACCCUUAUGCAAUGGCCAGGAUGGAACGAAUUUGGGGGCCCGAUUGCAUGAAAUUCGAGCCUGAGAGGUGGAUCGAAAAUGGCAAAUUUUGUCCUCCGAACCCGUAUAAGUACCCGGUCUUUCAAGCUGGGUCAAGGGUUUGCCUGGGGAAGGAGAUGGCUAUAGUCGAGAUGAAAAUCGUGGCGCUAUCUGUCCUACGAAAGUUCGACAUCACGGUCGUCUCGCCAGCGAAUGGACCCCGGUUUAGUCCGGGCCUCACCGCGAUUAUGAAGGGUGGGGUUAGGGUUCUGGUCAAGAAGAAAAGGGACGCUCCACCCUAGGGGGGGAAUUGAUUUCGCAACCUGAAAUUGGUUACGUGAUGGAUGAGUUUCAGUGAGUAAACAGUUCUGCAAAGGAAUGCGAGAAAACGUCAAUUUUCGGAAAAAGGAUGUCCUUAGGUGCAAAGGUGGUCCAAAAAACCAAAGGUAGAAGAAGAGAGAGAAAUGAUGCACGGUACAGAAAUUUGUCCCACAAUAAGGUGGUAGUAUAGCCUAAUCCCGAAAUGGGAAUUGCUUUAUUGUUUGUCGUCACUAGCUCCAGAAAAAUUUUCGUGCUUUUUUAUUUUAUUUUUUAAUCUAUUUAGUGAAAUUUUGACACCAUGUAGCAAGUGGGACUAGCUGGUUGAAUAUCACAAAAGUCCUCAACUACUAGUUUUAUGUAUCUUGGCGAACUUUUUUUAAGGGAAUUGAUUGU